GGCGGGAAGAGCUGGUGUGGCAGCUGAGACCCUGCUGUCACCCAAUCGGGCCUGAGCCUGUUGAGCCAGGCCGCCCCCUCGGCACCUGGCACCUGACCUAUGGCUCGCGUCCCCGCCUCCUCGGCUCUGCCAUAGCGCAGCACGUCCUACCCUCACCUAGUCUGGUCGGGGCCAGCAGCGCGGCGGGCCUGGCCCUGGAGAACGCCUCGGAAGCCAUGGGUAUGUGUGUAGGGUUUGGCUCUUAUGCGCACCAGCGUGGAGUGGUAAAGCCGCCUCACCCGCUGUCCGCUGUCCUCCACGCUGUCCACGCCGAGUGGAGUCGGGGUUGGUAUGGGGACGCGCUCGCCAGGCUGGUCGGUCCCGUCUGGGCCUUUCUGAGCCGCGCCCGGCCCGGUCCUCCGCCCGCAGAGGUCCAGGUCCUGGUCCUGGCCGGAUACCGCGCGCAGAAGGAGGACGAGCUGAGUCUGGUGCCGGGGGACGUGAUCCAGCAAGUGCGCGAGGGGCCCACGCGGGGCUGGCUGCGCGGAACGCUGGGGGGCCAUUGUGGCCUCUUCCCCAAGCGCCUGGUGCAGGAGAUCCCAGAGGCCCUGCGAGGCCCUGGGGAGGGGCGCAAGCCGCGCUGCCCGCGCCGACGCCCAGGUAAUCCGCGGUGGGCGGCCCGGGAGGGCAGGGCACGGCCGGUGAUGGGCGCGGCCCUGGGAGGGGCUGUGAGGUGGCUCUGCGGCCUGUGAUUGGUCCUGAGUACAAUGCUCCGCCUAAGGGUGGGGCCUGGAAGCACUAAAGGGCGGGCUAGAGGCUUGUCACUCCCUCAGCUCCCUGGACUCGGCCACCUGCUAAACUGCAGCCCCCCCCGCAUUCCUGUGACCCAGGUCACCCCACCAAAUCUUGGGGCUCCCAAAAAU